GAAGCCAGAGCGCAGGCGCAGUAGGAGGAGGAGAAGAGGAGGGAGCGUGCACGCGCGCAUGUUGGCUGCCCGGGGCGCGUGCCCAAAGGCAUCCCCGGAUCUCAAAGCCCCGCCCCUUUUUGCUCCCCAUCAGUAGCCAGCAAUAACAGCAGGAGGAGGGCAGCCCCUUGCAAGAGGCCUGGGAUGGAUGACGAUAAGGAGAGCAUGGGAGAAGAGAAGAUGAAGGGGAUCCCUCUCUCUGCUGCACCAGCUAUUACUAGAGAUGGAGAGAAGAAGCUAGAGGCAGACCGACAACCUGUGAAAGAUGAAAGCAUCACCUGGGGAUCUUCAAGGAGAAAACGACUGAAGUUCAGAGUAAGGAAAGAAGUAGAAGUUGUACAGGACCCCAAGCCAGAGUCUUCAUCCUUCAAGAAAGGCUUACCAGUGAUAGAGGACAGGAGGGAAGAAAAGCUGGUUAUUAGAAGAGUGAAGAAGGAAAAAAAUGAAGAAGGGGAUCUGGCAUUUCAGGUGAAAGUCCGAAAGGUUUCUACAGAUGGAGGUUCGGGCUCACAACACAAGGAAGAGAUGACAAUGGAGUCGAUGGAACAGAAAGCUCAAGGGCUGGAGAUGCAAAAAGUCAUCAUCCCACCCCUGCCUUCCUCGUCCCACCCCAACACCUGUGGCGUGUGUGGUAAGAGUUUUAGCCGCCGCUCCAACCUGGCCAAGCACCAGAUCAUCCACACGGGCGAGAAGCCUUACCGCUGCAAUGACUGUGGACGCAGUUUUAACCAGAGCUCUGCGCUCACCAAGCAUCAGAGGACACACACUGGGGAGCGGCCCUAUGUCUGUGGGGACUGUGGGAAGGCCUUCACUGCUAGCUCCAACCUCCUCCAGCAUCGGCGCUUCCACACUGGCGAACGGCCCUAUCGCUGCGAACUGUGUGGCAAAGCCUUCUCCCAGAGCUCAAACUACAACCUGCACCGCCGGGGCCACACAGGCGUCACGCCGUACCAGUGCGGGGUGUGUGGCAAGCGCUUCACGGGCAGCUCCUGCCUCACCCGCCACCAGAGGACCCACACUGGGGAGAAGCCGUACCAGUGCCAGGAGUGCGGCAAGCGCUUUUCUGGGAGCUCCACUCUCGCUAACCACCGACGCACCCAUACUGGCGAGAAGCCUUAUGGCUGUGCGGAAUGUGGCAAGCGAUUCACGCACCACUCCAACCUGGUGGACCACUGGCGGGUUCACACCGGCGAAAAGCCUUACGUGUGCAGUGAGUGUGGGAAAAGCUUCCGGUUGAGCUCACACAUCAUCCGACACCGCCGCACUCACGCCAAUGCCCGGGCCACCAGCUUGGGCCACGAUCUUCUCAACAGCGUCAUGGCCAGCUUUGAUGAGGCCAACCUCAAGGCGCACCAUUUUGGCCUUGGUUACACCAGUGACGGCAGUGCCGAUGUCAGCAGUCCCCAUGUCGCCAAUCACGAUGGCCUGUUUGGCGAUUCCAGCAUCUCCAAUGGCAACAACGAUACCGAUGAGGAAGACAGCGACCGGCUUCUUAUCUGCAGUCAGUGUGGCAAAGGUUUCCACCUGGAGUCCGAUUCUCAAGAGCGAAGCCAAGAAGACUCAGCAAUGGGGGACGGUCCCUAUAGUUGUACUGAGUGUGGCAACAGCUGUUGGACGAGGAUGGAAGGCCAGCACAUCAUGGCCCAGGUCCACAUCCAGGCCCCUUUGUCUUCCUCCUCCUCCUCCUCCUCUGUGGCUGGAGAGGAAUCCAGGAGGUUGCCCCACCCAGCUCGGGAUCGCAUGGCUGGUGGCCGUUUGCUGGACAGCCAGAGCUUAGAUGGGAUCAGCCAGGUCUAUGGGGCCUCCAAGGCCCAGGAGGGGAGGAGAGCCACCAUCUCCAGCGCCUUGGAGUUGGAAGGCACGGUCAGCCACGACGGGGACCUGACCCACUUCGUGGCCAACAACCUCCAGAUGAAGAUCAAGAUGAGCUCUCGGGGCAGCUUAGAGGACACAGAGACUACCGCCACCACCGCCUCCUCGGCCUCCUCGCAACUCUCCGUCCGGGGCAAGGUGGCCGACAUCCCGCCCGUCGACCCGCAGGUGAUCCGGGACCUGGAGCGGCUGACCCAGGACGUGGCCCAGAAGGUGGACCAGAUGCUGCGGGCCUUGAACGGCUCCAUCCAGAACAUGACGGCCCUCAGCGUGGGCUACAUCCAGACCUACCGGGACGCCGUGGACGGCCUGGGCGAGUCGGUGGACAUGAGCAUCAAGGGCAUGUACACCCUGAUGGCCAGGUGCGAGGAGCUGGACCGCUCCAUGCAGCCUGUCCACGCCCUCGCCAAGCAGAUCCGGGAGAUCAAGAGGACCCUGGAGGUCUUUGAGGCCUUGUUGGCAAGGUUAACUAACACUGGUGUGGUUUCCUGUAUGGAAAGUGCAAACGAAGCAUGCAUUCUGGAAGGAGCAACACUAAAAGAAGGCAUCAGCAUAAAAAAGGAAGAUGAGGAAGAGGAAGAAAAACAGCUACCAAGCACACAGACAGCAAACAAAAGGAUUGACAGAGUUGCAGAAAACCAAUGCCAAAUCUCUCCAAAGAAGGAAGUCGUAGCAGAAGAUAGAUUGCUAGAAAAUUCUAAUUGUGAAGCCAGCAAUGGUGAACUUGUAAUUGUGGUGGAACAGGAAUCUGUUGACAGUCUUUCAGAUAAUGACAAGGUGCCCAAAGCCACCAUUUGUCCUGACUGUGGGAAAAGCUUUAGUAACAGUUCUCACCUCAUCCGGCACCGUCGGGUCCACACCGGUGAGAAACCCUACAAAUGUUCCCACUGUGACAAAAGCUAUCGCCAGGACUCCCACCUGGUCCAACAUAUGCGCUCCCACACAGGUGAGAAGCCAUACCGGUGUACCCAUUGCGGCAAGGGCUUCUCGCAGAGCUCGAACCUCAUCAUCCACCAGCGGACUCACACGGGUGAGCGCCCCUUCACUUGCCCCGAGUGCGGUCGGAGCUUCAGCCACAGCUCUGACUUAAUUCAGCACAAGCGGAUCCACACCGGAGAGAAGCCUUACGUUUGCUCCAUCUGUGGCAAAUGCUUUUCCCAAAGCUCCAAGGUCACCCAACACAAGCGCUUCCACUCGGGGGAACGUCCCUUUUCCUGUGGAGAGUGCAACAAGACUUUCCGCCUCCGUGCUGACCUGGUCCGCCACCUCCGCGCCCACACCGGUGAGCGGCCCUUUGGCUGCCCUGAGUGCGGGAAACACUUUGCUGAGAGCUCCCACCUGAUCCGGCACCAAAGGAUCCACAUGAGUGAGCGACCCUUCCGCUGCCCGGACUGUGGCAAAGGCUUCAACCAGAGCUCCAACCUCCAGCAGCACCAGCGGGUGCACGGAGGGCAGAAGCCCUUCAAGUGUGACAAAUGCGGGAAAAGUUUCGGUGUCAGCUCAGCACUGCUGCAACACCAGCGCACCCACACCGGUGAGCGACCUUACUGCUGCAAUCAGUGCGGGAAGAGCUUCACCGUCAGUUCCACCUAUCACAUACACCAGCGCAUGCAUGCUGGCCAAAAGCCCUACUCGUGCGCCGAUUGUGGGAAAAGCUUCGUACGCAGCUCCGCCCUCAUUCAGCACCAAGCCACCCACACUGGCGAAAAGCCCUUCCGAUGCCCUUUCUGUGGCAGGGGCUUUGGACAGAAAUCGGCGCUCUCUCAGCACCGACGGGCCCACAUUCGAAGAGGAGAGACAAUGGCUUUGGUGGAGGGGUGGGACGGUACCGGCAUGGAAAGCAUCGUGGACCAGGAGAUGGGAGGAGAAGUAGACAACUUGUGGCAAAGCAAUGGCCUGGGCAUCAUGGGGCAAGAUUGGCACGCUGAUGGGGAUGAGAGCAUCAGGCAGGACUGGGAGGAUGAUGGGGAUGAUGCUGACAGGCCAGAGUGGCAAGAUGAUGGGGAUGAGAGUGGAGGGCAGCGAUUGCAGGAUGGUAUUAAGGGGAUUAUGAGGCAAGAAUGGGAAGAGGGCCCAGAUGAAAAGGCGAGGGCACACUGGGAGGAUGCGGAGGAUGAAGGUGUGGAGCAGGGUUCUCGGGAAGACUCUACGGAUGGCAUGAGGCUGGAGUGUCAUGCGGUUGAUGAGGAUGGAAAGCUGGAGGAGUGUUUGCCAGAGGGUGAUGAAGGUAUGAGGUUGGAGUGCCAAGAUGACGACGACGAAGAUGAACAUGUGCAGGAAUGUGGCGAUCAAAGCAUGACAAAAGGGAAAUGCCUGGAUGGGCGCAUGGAAGGGAGGACACGGGCAAAGUUGGAAAUGGCCAUGGGGGAUAAUUUCAGGCAGAAGGAAACGAGUGGGACAGCAAUGGCCGGACAGUGAAGGCGAUAGUGAUGGGCAUAGUUGGCUGGGAGAUGGAGAAGAUGGCUUGGAGGAAGAGACAGGAUUGGCACGACAAAAGAUCUUGUGGAGUUCAAGUGAACCUCUGAAUGGGAAAGGGAUAUCCUGGGAAUCAUUGGCAGCCAAAACCAUUAAUUCAAGAUGCAGGAGCUAGAAACGGCUCGACUACCUCUUGAUGCCAAAUAGCCUUGGCCUUCUGCAGCACUUAUUGCUGUUUGCAAGAUAUUGUCAGGGAUGCUUUUCCUCAUCCCAAAACUUGCAUGCCUGGGUUGGGAAGUGCUGAAUGGUUGCCUCGUGGAUGAUGACAGAGAUCUCUGUAUUGUCUCCAGUCUCGUACCAUUUGCUAACCAAGUUAAUUCCAAAUCGGAUGGGUUUUAUCCAGACUGUUUUCAACCUUACCAUACGUAUGUCUAUGGUGUGCCAUAUUCUGUGCUAAACUAUCAAGCUCCUCCCCUGAGGUAGGUGCCUUGACAUUAAUGCAGGCAUGGGCAAACUUGGUCCCUUCAGGUGUUUUGGACUCCAACUCCCACCAUUCCUAACAGCCUUAGGCCCUUUCCUUUUCCCCCUCAGCCGUUUAAGCGGCAGAGGGGGAAAAGGUAAGGGCCCGAGGCUGUUAGGAAUGGUGGGAGUUGAAAUCAAAAAUACCUGGAGGGCCCAAGUUUGCCCAUGCCUGCAUUAACACCUGGUUGCCACACCUUGGUCUGAAAGCUUUGAAACCGUCGGCAAAAAUUGUGCUUUGUGAACAAACCCCAUUAAUAUCAUAUUUUAUUUUUACACUUAUUUAGGAGCCCGGAUGAAUCUGGGAACAUGUGUAAAACAACAGUAUUGAAACUAGAAGAGCUUUUUGAACUUUUUAUUGCAUGCACCAGACCCUUUCCCCUCCACCCCCCAACUGUAGUUAUUUUUGUAACAUUGGGAUUUCCUGCAUUUAUCUACAUCUCCUUCUUAAGAAGUAAUAAAAGCUCUUUUUGAUUCUA